CUCCAUUUGCCUCUUCGACUCUGGCUCUCUCUCUCUCUCUCCAGCUCGCGAGCGAGUCUCCAGCUCCCUCGCUUGAUACCUUCUCGAUUUCUUACAAGAACCGUUACAAAAACCGCCUCUUUAGGCUCUCUAACACGAGCCCUUUAUCCAAUCUUUUCAUUUCCACCCUUGGAUCCACUUCAACGGUUCUGAUUCCACCUCAAAUCUGAGAGAUAAGUCACGGGAGUCACCUUUCCUCAUAAACAGGGAAGUGGCUUGGGGAGAAGCUGAAAUUUCUAUGUUCUGCAGGAACCUCAGAGUUUGUUUGCCUUGGGAAUGCCAGAUUGGAAUUUGUCAUAUAGUCCAGAUAGACUUGCAUAAGUGGCAGAAAGUAUAGGUGGAGUAGAAGUCACUACUUCUAUGCAACCAGCUCAACAUUAGAUUCAGAAGAUAGCUUGCAUUGGGGAAGAUAUGAUACCACUUGGCUAGUGUCAUGGUUCCUGUAAAGAUCUACAAUUCACAAUAUUAAUAUGGAUCUAUAGAGUGACAAUUCUGUGAAAUUCAGAAGAUGGCCUUUUAUUCCGAAGAGGAGAAAACUGAGGAUUAUCUUUUUAAGAUUGUUCUAAUUGGUGAUUCUGCUGUUGGGAAAUCAAAUUUGCUUGCAAGAUUUGCUAGAGAUGAGUUCUACCCAAAUUCAAAAUCGACCAUAGGAGUAGAGUUCCAGACACAAAAGAUGCAUAUUAAUGGAAAGGAAAUCAAGGCACAGAUCUGGGAUACAGCUGGUCAGGAGCGAUUCAGGGCUGUUACAUCUGCAUAUUAUCGAGGUGCAGUUGGAGCUCUUCUGGUGUAUGACAUUAGUAGACGACCGACAUUUGAUAGCAUUGGCAGAUGGCUUAAUGAACUUCACACACACUCAGACAUGAAUGUAGUAACCAUACUAGUAGGCAACAAGACAGAUCUCAGGGAUGCAAGGGAGGUAACCACCGCCGAAGGCAAGGCCUUGGCAGAGGCACAGGGUUUGUUUUUCAUGGAAACUUCAGCUCUCGAUUCCUCAAAUGUUGCAGCUGCCUUUGAAACUGUCGUUAAAGAGAUCUACAAUAUAUUAAGCCGGAAAGUUAUGAUGUCACAAGAGCUGAAGACCAAGGAUUCCACCUCAUUGACAAAUGGAAAGACAGUAGUUUUACAAGGAGAGAAAAUUGAAUCAGCAGAAGCAGAAAAUGGGGAGCCUAAAAAAGCUGGAUGUUGUUCAACUUAACAUGUAACGAUCCUUAUAAAAUUUGCUAGUGAAUUAAAAUUCAAUGAACUCCCCCAUAUUUCUUCUUCUCCA